AUGACCAAAACGUUGCUCGAGCAGAAAAACUUUUUUCAAGGUACAUUUUCAUCCCAAAUGUCUCGCUUAGACGAAAAACUCUUUGAGAUAGACAGCAGCUUGGUAUUUAGCAGCGACGUUCUCGCUCGAGAAAAUCUUCCAGAGAUUUUGAACGUGGAAGAAAUACUGGAUCAACGGUUUCAAGAACUUUCUUCGGAAUUUCGCGUCAAUCUGAAUUAUUCAUGCGUCAAGUACGUUCCAAAUGAUACAUCACCGUCAAUGAACGACGUGCUUGGAAAGUUAAUCUUCACUAAAACCGACCCUAUGCUCACAACAGCAAAUGGCAAGGGACUUACCGAAGGUACUGAAGACGAAGUGUGCUCUUUUAAGAUAGAAACAAGGAAUUCGCAGGGACAAAUAACUUACUCUAGCGUGGACAAAGUCGGUGUUGACAUCCGAUCAGUGGAUACAGGAAACGUCAUAGCCCCCGAAAUAACAGACUUAAAAAAAAUUCUUUUUCGACUUCUUUUGAUCUUAACAUAUUGAGUUUGUAACUUAAAAAUAAAAAAGAAAGAAAGAUCAGAAUCAUAGAGAGGAAAUUAAAAAACAAACAAACGAACAAACAAAAGAAUCAAUGAGGAGCGCGAACCAAGGGGACUAGCGAAGGGAAGUUUUGAUUUUAAUUGUCAGUUUCUUAAAUAACCAACCUUACUCAGUUUACUUUACUAAUUUACGUUUUUUCACAUAAUCAAAUAUCAGGCCUACCAGUGAGUCUCCAGUCAAACCGAGCUUUAACCUGCAACUUGUGCAGCUAUAAUUCUAGUAAGCAAAUGUCUUCAUGUUUUCAUCACACAAUGCAGUCCCUUGGUUACUGUGUAUCGUGUCAGUACUCAAGGGAUUUAGGAGGUAGAAUCUUAUUUGGAGAUCAACCUGACGGACAUAUGAGUUGGAGGACUGAACCAAGAAACUUUCUCCCGGGCAAUGAAGAUUAUGGGACUAUAAUAAUAAGCUGCAACUUUGACAGAGGAGUUCAAGGUACGUCUUUUAAUUGUUGUUUUAUUAAUUCGACUAUUAGAAAACGGAUUCUUAUUCGUUUUGGCUUUAAUUUAUACUUUGACUCCAAACAGGACGUCCUUCAUGGGCGAUACAAAAAUGUUUAUCCCUUUCUCCCUUGUUGCCUGGACUAAAUGAGUUAAUUUGAGUGCAGGAUUAGCAUAAGACACAAUAUGUAGGUUAGGUACAAGCACGUCCAUGGUUGCAAUCUGCGUCGUGUUAUCGGCUGUAAUUUUCUGUUCAUUUUUUUUUGCGAACGUGUUCUUUGUUUACAGGGCGAAUGCCACUUAACUAUGGUUGACAUCCCUUGUAUUAUUAUAUCACGCGGUUUGGUCGUUUCUGACUCGAAUUGUAGGCACUUUUAGAAUUAAUUUUUUGCAGAAUAAACUAAUUAAAAGUACACUAGGAAAAUGACAAAAAGGCAUUAAAAUUGGCUGGAAUUCCAUUGAGUCAUCUUCCAGGAAUUCACUCACAUAGUGCGCUUAGGCUGCCUGUGAAAAUAUACAAAUAAUACUUCACAUUUUCAGGCGAACACCAUCCUAAUCCAGGCGUACCUUACUACUGUUACUUCUGCACAUUCUACCUUCCUGACAACGAAGAGGGGCGAGAGCUCUCCGUGCUUUUGAGGAGAGCGUUCAAUGCAAAUCAUAUGUUCACAAUCGCAGAGAAUAGUAUCGUGCGCAAUGGUUUGGAACUGAAAACGAGUCUACAAGGCGGUCCAUCAAAGUGAGUAAGGUCCUUUGUAUAUCAAAGGGAAGUGCCUGGCCACAUAUAUUAGAGAACGUCCAAUACGUCUGAUACGGUUACGACUUCAAAUAAGGAAAAUGCAUUAAACACGAAAAGACUUUUAAAGUCAGACGUUUAAAAACGUCUGAUUGACUCACUUUAUAGACCUCUUAGUAUCAGACGUUUAAGCCGUUUGGGUUAGAGAAGACGCAUUUUUGUCCAGACGUCCUGGAAGUGCUCUGGUAUGAAUGGGGACAACCGUCUUUUGGCACGAAUUAACCCUUACUUCGACGAGAAGGGUUACCACGGCCAACUCUAUCUGAUUCUCCCCCUGGGAUUCCCAGGGUAUGGCGUAUCUUCCCCUUUCAUUGCAUACCCCACUUGUAAAAUUCGUUGUUCAACCCUUAUGAAAAUUAGCGAAAAUUCUGUUCGAAAUCAGUGUUUUCACAUAUAUCGGGUACAAUUUUUAACGAGUAGAAAUCGCAAUCUCACUCUCAAGCUUGCUUAUUUUUAUUCUUUUCUCCUCACAGUUACGGAUAUCCGGACCCCGGAUACCUUAACAGAUUAAAGCGACAGUUAGCUGACAAGGGUUUUACUUUAUUGAGAUUCGCAUAG